AUGGCACAUCAACAUAAAGCUCUCCUUAUCCACUCCAAGGGCGGACGCUUGGAGCUCGGCCUUAGGGACACACCUACUCUGAGCGCAGGCCAGGUCCUCAUCCGCAAUAUAUGUGUGGGACUUGCUCCUAUAGAUGCUUACAUUCAGGCUCGGGGUUUCUUCAUCGAGGACAGACUCCCGGCUGUCAUUGGUUUCGACGGGGCUGGCGAAGUGCAUACGCUAGGUCCAAAUGUCGAGGGAUGGAAGGUUGGCGACAAAGUACUCUACCAAGGCCAUAUGACGAAUGACGGCGCAACAUUCCAAGAGUACACUGUCGCUGAUGCUGUCCGUGUAGCAAAGAUCCCCAGCAAUAUGACGUUCGAACAGGCUGCCUCAAUCCCGAUCAACCUAGCCACUGCAGCCAUCGGCAUCUACGCGGAGAAGAGGGAUACUCUGCGCCCCGACGGGUUCGAUCUUGGAGGUGCCGGUCUCACACCGCCAUGGGCCGCCGGAGGACGCGGCAAGUAUGCGGGCAAAGCAGCGCUCGUCAUCAGCGGUUCCAGUUCCGUAGGACAGUAUGCGUUGCAACUUCUCAAGGCAUCGGGCUUCAGUCCGCUCAUUGCGACCGCGUCAAAGACAAACGAAGAGUACUGCAAGGCUGCAGGCGCAACCCACGUCAUCGACCACAAGGGAGUGCCCUUCUCGGAUCUCCCCGCAGCAGUCAAACGGAUCAUUGGCGAUACUUCGCUCAGCUUCAUCUACGAUGCGUGGGCUCGUGGUGGCUCGCAACAGGCAGCCUUCUCGUUAGUCCCUUCGGGCGGAGCGCUAUGCACUGCAAUGCCGGCGGAGGUUGGAGAACGCGCGAAGGACGACGCGCAAGGUCGUCGCGUCGUGUGUCCCUACGGGAGCGUGAAUGCAGAGCAUCAUCACGACUUUGGAGCUGAGAUGUAUGCUCACUUGACCGAGAUGCUCGAGAAGGGCGAGCUUAAGCCCAAUAACAUCAAGCUCCUAGACGGUGGAUUCGAGGCUAUCCCCGCGGGAUGCGAUGAGUUGCUCAAGGGAGUAAGCGCUGUCAAGAUAGUUGCUCGUGUUGCUGAGUAG